AUGAAAAUUUUGAUACUACUCAGUAUAUUUCUGAAGCUUCAUUCGCACGUCUUUGCUCACCCUGCACUGAGUGAGGUAAUCCAUGGUGCAGUAGGCGCUGAUGAUCUCGGUCGAGGUGCAGGUGAAAUUGGCGAGUUCGCUACUCAUGGACGUCCUGCACUUCAGAGUAAAAAUUUAUUACGUCCUCUAACAUCGGGCGCAGGAGAUGGAAAGCAAAGUCCAGAGAUCAGUGACUCACUCUUCGGUGGAAGAGCUCAACAAAGUUCAGCUUCAAAGGAUUCAUCGUUGGCUCACAAUUCAGGACUCGUCACAGACAAGAACGCUGCGGAUAUCUUUAUUCACAAGCCUCCACCGACUUAUGUACCACCUACCUACAUAGAAGUCAAAACUGGUAAAAUACUUCCUAGUAUACUCAAACCUGACCAAAUUGGAAAGCUUAAACCUGAACAACUGGUAGAAUAUAUAUCAAAUUUCAACACAGAAGUCAAAGCUAGUAGGGACACCUGGCGAGCAGCAGACCAAGCAGUCAAAAAGGCCGAAGAUACCCUUUCCCAUGAUGCUCUAAAGGCUUUUGCAGAGAAAAAUAAAGCGUCAAAGUCUCCUGAGACCGCCGAUCAAGUUCUUCAACGAAUCAAAAAUGGACUAAGACAGCAACUUUCACUUGCGACAAUUGACGAGGGUGUUGAUACGCUUGCCUUGAAGCAAUUUUCAAGAGUGCUGGGUGUCUCCACAGAACACUUGGAUUCUUCCAUCAAAACCGCUCGGGAGGCAAAAGCGAACGCUCUCAAGUUAGCUGAAAUGCGUAAAACAAGUGGUUAUCCAUUCAUGGAUAAGAUGAAAGCAGCUAUCCAAAAACUCUUAGCUAAAGUCAAUUUCAGAUUGCCAUGGAAAAAGCCUGCUGAGCCUCCUGCGAAAUGGAAGAUACCUAUGUCGCGAAAGCUUUCUACUCAAUUUGGCCGGUAUUUCGAGGAAGGUGAAUUGAGAGGCACAUAG